GCGCGCGCACACGCUCGAUCGGGAACGGAUCCGCGCUCGGCGACACGUCGGAAGGCGGAAGGCUCGAGGUCGAUCGCCAUGGCCGCCGCCGCCGCGUCUCUCGGCGCGUCUCGCGCGUACGCGACGCCCGUCGCGCGCGGCGCGGCGAUUCGAUCGCGGACGCGCGCGGCGCGAAAGAUUAUUCCGGGACGCCGGUCCGCGAACGGUCUCCGCGUCGACGCCGUCGCCGCGGACGCCCCGAGCGCGAUCGACGACGACGCCGCGAUGUUCAAAGGCAAAGUGAAGAAGUCCGGGAAGCUCUCGAUCUGCGUCUUCGGCGCGUCCGGGGAUCUCGCGAAGAAGAAGGUGUACCCGGCCAUCUUUUCGCUGUUCUACGACGGCCACCUCCCGGACGAUUUCGUCGUCUUCGGGUACGCGCGGUCGAACAUGUCGAACGACGAGUUCAAGGAUAGGAUCAGGUCGUCGCUGCCGUGCAGAAUCUCCGCCGCGAAGGACUGCGACGUCAAGGUGGAGAAGUUCCUGACGCGGUGUUUCUACACGGCGGGGCAGUACGACGAUCCGGAGGAUUACAAAUCCUUAGACGUCGCGAUGGCGGAGCAAGAGCAAGCGCUGUGGGGGGAUAAGAAGACGCUGAGGUUGUUCUACCUGUCCAUCCCGCCGUCAAUCUUCGUCCCGGUCGCGCAAAACGCGGCGAGGCACGUCAGCAGCAAGUCUGGGGAGACGAGAGUCAUCGUCGAGAAGCCGUUCGGACGCGAUCUGGAAUCCUCCAGAGCGCUGACCGAGGCGCUCGCGCAAGACCUCGCGGAGGAGCACACGUACCGCAUCGAUCACUACCUCGGGAAGGAACUCAUCGAAAACCUCACCGUCUUGCGGUUCAGCAACAUCGUGUUCCAGCCGCUGUGGUCGCGGACGUACAUUCGAAACGUGCAGAUCAACUUCAGCGAAAACUUUGGCACCGAGGGCAGAGGCGGGUACUUCGACAACUACGGGAUCGUGCGCGACGUGAUUCAAAACCACCUCCUGCAGAUCCUCGCGCUGUUCGCGAUGGAAGAGCCCGCGUCUCUGGAUGCGGAGGACAUCCGCGACGAGAAGGUGAAGGUCAUCCGCAGCAUCCGACCGAUCGACAUGGACAACGUCGUGCUCGGGCAGUACAAGGGCAAACGCGACGGCGACGGCGUGUUGCCCGGAUACCUCGACGACGAUACCGUGCCCCCCGGGUCUAGAUGCCCGACGUUCGCGGCGAUGGCGCUGUUCAUCGACAACGCGCGAUGGGACGGCGUGCCGUUCCUCAUUAAGGCUGGGAAGGCGCUGCACAAGAGGCAGGCGGAGAUUCGCGUGCAGUUUCACCACUCCCCCGGGAACCUGUACAAGAAGCAGCUCGGGAACCGCGAGGAGAACUCGAACGAGCUCGUGUUCCGCAUUCAGCCGGACGAGGGGAUCUAUCUGAACAUCAACAGCAAGAUCCCCGGCCUCGGGAUGCGGUUAGACCAGACGGACUUGGAUCUGCAGUACAAGACCAAGUACAGCGGCGGCGCGUUGCCGGACGCGUACGAACGUCUCAUCUUAGACGUCGUGCAAGGGGAUAAACGGCUGUUCAUCCGCAACGACGAGCUCGAGGCGGCGUGGAAGCUGUUCACGCCUAUGCUAGACAGGAUAGAGGAGGACGAGAUCGCGCCGGAGUUGUACCCUUACGGUAGCCGCGGGCCGAUCGGCGCGCACUACCUCGCGUCGCGGUGGAACGUGCGCUGGGGGGACACGAUGGAGUGACGUGAUCGAUCGCGUUUUGAUCCCUCCUUCCUCGAUGAGUUGAACUAUUUUUUACAGUACGGAAGUACUUGCGUGUGACAUUUGUAAGACCACAGAACACAGUACGUCUG